UUUCAAGAACGUAAAAGAACUACCUAUUUAUGUUUCCUUCCUACCCUCCCCACAUUCAGUGGGCCCAAGAAAUUACCUCCUAGGAAGAUAUCUCUGUGUGCCGCUGCGAGUCCUCCGGCAAGGAACCGCGAGGGGCCCCAAGAACAGUCACCACGCUGACAAUUAACCUUAGAUAGCGACUACUUCAUUUAGAAUAUAAAACAUGGAACCAAACUUUGGAAUUUAUUUUAUUCUAGAAAUAAGGGCUUUCCUCUAGCUUUUAUGAUUUUAAGAAAUCCUGUUUGGAAAUAAUCAUCUUACAUAAUGACAAUAAUUCAGAUUUAUGAAAUGCUGCAGGCUUUAAGCAAAGCAGGCCCAGUGCUGCGGUUUUGCUUAGCAUAGCCGAGGUAGACGAGGUAGAACGAACUCUCUUCCUAGAACCUAAUCCAGGCCUGCGCUGAAGCUUUUCUGAUUUGGGUAAAAAGUCUUUGGGUAUUCACUGGGAAAUCAGGUGAAUUGGUGAAUGGGUCGAGAGGUUGUGUAAUAAGUCGAAUAUAGUUACAUGUUAAUGAUAGAAUCCAAGUGAUGGCUAGAAGGCCGCGGUGAUGGGGUAAUAAAAUUCAAUUUUUCUGUAUGUUUGAAAGUUUUUCAUACUAAAAUAUUGGGUGGGGUAAAGGCUGGUUUUGUGUCAAACUUGGUCAAAUUCCUGCUGUGCAUUAGCUGUGAGAUUGGAACAAAAGGCCCAAUACUCAAAUAACUUCAUUUUCUCAUCUGCGCACAGUGGAUGGUUACCAAUCUCGCAGAGCUGGAAACGCGAUCAUUACCAGCGAACCCUGAGGAAACCUUCUGUAAAAUAUGCGGAUUUAACGAGAAGCGGUGCAAGUGUUCCGUACUGCCUUAACGACUGAUGACAGCCAUCCAAAGCGCCGGGUACCAGAGGGACAGAACCCGGGCGGACAGACGAAAAUUCUGUGGCCGAGCGCGCAGCCGGAAGGGGGCGGGGCCAUAGGUCGGCCCGCCCCCGGCCCUUUGUGACGUGGAACAAUGCCCGCCACGCGUCGGAACUCAGCUGCUUUCGCAGCGUCUGGGCACAACUGACACGCGUGAAGGAACGCCGUGUCAUCUGAGGCCAACUUCAGGAAUCAUGCAGUUUCUCUUAAGAUUAAUCGUUUUCUUUUAUGUAUGGGGCAUUUUUACUGCUCAGGGACAAAAGGAAGAGGAGAGCACAGAGGAAGUGAAAAUAGAAGUUUUGCACCGUCCAGAAAACUGUUCUAAGACAAGCAAGAAGGGAGACCUGCUAAAUGCCCAUUACGACGGCUUCUUGGCUAAAGACGGUUCGAAAUUCUACUGCAGCCGGACACAAAAUGAAGGCCACCCCAAAUGGUUUGUUCUUGGUGUUGGGCAAGUCAUAAAAGGCCUAGACAUUGCGAUGAUGGAUAUGUGCCCUGGAGAGAAGCGGAAAGUGAUUAUACCCCCUUCAUUUGCAUAUGGAAAGGAAGGCUAUGAAGGCAAGAUUCCACCUGAUGCAACAUUGAUUUUUGAGAUUGAACUUUAUGCUGUGACCAAAGGACCACGAAGCAUUGAAACAUUUAAACAGAUAGACACGGACAAUGACAGGCAACUCUCUAAAACAGAGAUAAAUCACUACCUGAAAAGGGAAUUUGAAAAAGAUGACAAGCCACGUGACAAGUCAUAUCAGAAUGCAGUUUUAGAAGAUAUUUUUAAGAAGAAUGACCAUGAUGGUGAUGGCUUCAUUUCUUCCAAGGAAUACAAUGUAUAUCAACAUGAUGAACUAUAGUAUAUUUUUAUUUCUAAAUUGUCUUAACUACUUACUGUACUUUAUAUAUAAAACAAAGUCACUUUUCUAGAACUUGUAUUUUCUGUUUUCUUCCCAUGAGAACAUAUUUUGAUCCCCUCAAUACAUGUAAUUUUGACAUAAUAAAUGUGCAUUAUUUUGCAAAUUUAA